AUGCGCUAUGACAUGUCUGACUACUGUGCCAACGCAUGCAGACUGUACGAAGAUUUGUCAAAGCGUCCUCUCAAACCUGCCAGCACACCUUUUGUUCCAGAUGGCUCUAUCCUCGCGUCAGAUUGGGAAAGCAAAGGAGCUUUGGCCUCAGAAGCGUCCAGAGUGUUAAUGAAAACACUUUGGUUAGCAAGACUAUCGCGUCCUGACUUAAUGAAAGGGAUAUCUGACUUGACGCGCCGCAUAACGCGAUGGUCCGUCGCGGACGAUAAAAAGUUGCACAGGCUGAUGUCAUACCUGAAAGGUACCCCAAACCUGUCGGUUGUUCACAAAAUGGGAGACGCCUUUGAAGAUUUGCGCUUGAGUCUUUACACCGAUGCAGAUCACUCAGGCGACGUUGACCACGCUCAAUCCACCAGCGGCAUGAUCUUAUGCCUAGAGGGAGAAAACACCUACUGGCCUUUGGCUUGGAGCAGCAAAAAGCAAACAGCCACAUCCAGGAUUCUGGUAUUUGGCGAAGCCUUGCCAGCUCAAGAGUUCCUGGAAACUCUCACUGGGAAGGAAGCUAAGCUGGUAUGCCAUCAAGACAAUAGUGCUGUCAUCCAAAUCGUCCAUGCCGGGUACUCGCCCAAGUUGCGACACGUCAGCAAGACUCAUAGAGUGAACUUGUCUUCGCUCUACGAAGUCUUUGAGUCAGAUCCGUUAAUCCGGCUUCAGUGCAUCAACACUGAACUUCAAGAGGCGGACGUUUUCACCAAAGCACUUCCUCCUGCCAAGUUCCCUGCAGCUUUGAAGCUCCUCCGAAUGGUGGCCUGGGCGCCCCUGGGUGAGGCCUUCGACGACUACGGCGGGCUGCAGAGCGUCCGCGUGACGUGA